AUGCUGCGCAUGGACCAGCUGUGCACGGACCAGUGCGCACAGCCUCCCCUAAACUUCCCUUGGAACGAACCUUUCAGCACCUGCACUUUAGUGGGCGGUGCUUGUCCUUAUGGACGCUACACACACCUUCCCGUCCUCCCCCCAUCCAUCGUGGCUGCCUGUCAAGGCCAAAUUCACACUUUCGACGCUCAGGACCUCGUCGACGUCUACAUCCCAGAUGGCCCUGAGACCAUCAUCCUCACCUGCGAGCAGCAGCCAUGCCCCAAUCGGACACCCCGGUCGAUCGAACAAGAUUACCCACGCUACAAGGCGAUCAGAAGGGCUCAACACCCGCUCGGUCCUCGGAGCAAUCUCGCAUCUCGAUCUGCCUCACGGCACUCUCGCCCUGUCUUCCCUAGCUCCUGUCUUCCCCAACCGGUUGCCGGUCCAAGUCAAGCGCGAGGAGAUCUCCCUACAGACCUUGCGCCAGAGCCUGAGCCUGAGCAGAGUGCGAGUGAAGAAGGAGUCUCGGAGUCUGAGUCCGCGGAUUCUGCUUGGUCCGCCCCGCCGACAGCGCUCGCCCCCACGUCAGCAGUCCCUGAC